UGCAUAUUCAAAAUCCCUCCGCCGCCCUGCCUGCCUCCCGCACCAGACUUCUCCAAUUCUCCCGCCCAAGUCCCUUCCGAGUCGUGCGACCCCGGCGUGCAAGACUUGGGCCGCUGCAACGCAUAACUACUGCAUCAAACAAUCACCAGCCAGCUUUCUUUACCCCACUGCAACCGCUGCUGGUCAACUUCUUCCGACCCACGCUGCCCGUCAUGGCCACCUUCCCCCUCGACGAGAGCUUCCUCGCCUUCCUCAAGACGCACGCGCCGAACAACGCAGCCGCCGAAACCGACGCGAUCAAGGCCUCCCAGGCACUCUUCCCCUCCGCCACCUACACCGAUGCCGAGAAGGCCGAUAUUGGCCAGUGGCUCAUAACCGCUGAACACAUCGUCUCUCCGGGCGAAGAUGCCGCGAAGUCCGCCGAGAGGCUGUCCUCGCUGAACACGCACCUAUCGAGCCGGACUACCGUCCUCGGCGCGAAACCGUCGGUCGCUGACAUUGCACUCUACCAGAAGCUUGCGCCCGAGGUAUCGAAAUGGAGUCCGGAGGAGAGGACCGGAGAGCAGGGUUACCAUCACAUUGUCCGACACGUCGACUUCGUGCAGAACUCGCCCGUGUUCGGCCUGAAGCUGGAUGAGAAGGUCAGCGUCGACCCUGACAAUGUCAUGUUCAAGAUCAAGCCGGUAGACGCGAAGGCGGAGAAGGAGCGCAAGAAGAAGGAGAGGGAGUCUGCGGCUACAAGUGCUGCUGCGUCGGGAACCGCUACGCCUAGCACUCUCACGGGGACUUCGACACCAUCUGAAGGCAGGAAAAGUAAAAAAGAGAAGGCAAAGGACAAGCUGCAGGCAGCUGGCGAAGCUGUGGCCUCGACCGCCGCUGGGAAGGCCGCGGGUGGAACCCCUCCAGAAGGUGCGCUGACGAAGAAGAAGGAGAAGAAAGAGAAGCAGCCCAAGCCUCAGAAAGCAGCACCAGUCGAGAAGCCACUGUCACCUGCCCUCAUCGAUCUCCGAGUCGGUCACAUUCUGAAAGCCGAGGCCCACCCCAACGCCGAUUCAUUAUACGUCAGCACCAUCGCGUGCGGCGAUGCACCAGGCACAGAAAACACGUCUGAGUACGAGGGGCAGGUCGUGCGGACAGUGUGCUCAGGUCUCAACGGCCUGAUCCCGCUCGAGGAUAUGCAGAACCGCAAGAUCGUCGCAGUCUGCAACCUCAAGCCAGUCACCAUGCGCGGCAUCAAGUCUUGCGCCAUGGUCCUCGCUGCAUCACCACGAGUUGCCGAAGGAGAGGACAACCACAAGGGCCCGGUUGAGCUUGUGAACCCGCCCGCGGACUCCAAGGCUGGAGACAGGGUGUAUUUCGAAGGAUGGGAAGGAGAGCCGGAGACUGUACUGAACCCGAAGAAGAAGAUCUGGGAGAUGAUCCAGCCAGGGUUUACGACAACGGACUCUCUAGAGGUCGGAUUCGACGUUGAGGGCGUGCCACAGCUCUCAGGAGAGGGAGCGGACAAGAAGAUGGGCGUGGCUAAGCUCAAGACCGCCGCCGGUCUCUGCACGGUGAGCACACUGAAGGGGGCUACCGUGAGGUAAACAUGGAUCAUG